AUGACUAUAGGUCACGUGAAGCGAUCUACUUUACAGUAGUGGCUCAGCGUUUUACUGCAAAGGUCUUAGGAACACUUCUGCUACGAGUUAUAGUUUUUUUAGUUUUGGUAAUUCAUUUGUUGAAUUAAAGGGUAGAGUUAUACUAAAACAGAAUUUUGUAAAAUAUUUGUCUUACAGCUAUAAAUCGCGGAUUUGUGGUGUUUUGCAUAUUUCGGUGCUAGUUAACCACGGUUAGCUCGUUAGCUAACGCCAACAUGAACAUGGACAACUUAAAUCAGUCUGUAACAACAGGAGUGCCUUCUACCACAUCGUCAACGGCAAGUAAUUGCAUUGCCAAUGAUAAUACGACAACCAACGUGAGCAGCAUCCCGUCGGUCACAAGUAAUGCUUCGUCCUCAUCGGCUGUGGUGACACCGUCUGCAGACACAUCUGUUUCCAAUGGAGUCUAUGUUCCUGGUGGCAUCACCAAUGGAGAUGUGAAGCCUGCUGUUUCCACCACGCCACUGGCUGAUUUCCUCAUGCAGCUGGAAGAGUACACUCCCACGAUUCCUGAUGCAGUCACAGGUUACUACCUCAACCGGGCUGGCUUUGAGGCUUCUGAUCCAAGGAUAAUUCGUCUGAUCUCCCUCGCAUCUCAGAAGUUUAUCUCAGACAUUGCCAAUGAUGCGCUGCAGUACUGCAAAAUGAAAGGCACUGCCUCAGGAAGCUCAAGAAGUAAGACAAAGGAUAAGAAGUACACAUUGACUAUGGAGGACCUGACUCCUGCCCUCUCAGAAUAUGGUGUGAAUGUGAAGAAACCUUAUUACUUUACAUAAAACAAUUUCUUUAGAG